UAUAGGCCUAACAAGGAAAUCAAAAGUAAAGAAACCUGGACAGAAACAAACACACCAACAAAACCACCUUUUCCCAGCAAACCAGCAUACAGCACGGAUCCCACCGUAGCGGGCCGCCUCUAGAGGGCGGGACCGCAGGCCUAGUCCUGCGUCUUCCCAGAAGCCCCUGCGCGGCCUCGCUGGAUAAAAAGGCUGGAGCUCGGCCCGAAGCGCGCUGCUACGGAGCGUGUCUUUGCUGUAGGGUGUGAGGCUGUGUCUCUAGGCCUUGGCUCUGACUGUGCUUGGUUUCCUCAGUAAGACGACGGGGCAGGUCGUGGAGGCCCAGAGGCUGUCGAGGCCUGGGGGUGGCAUGGCGUUGUGGCCACUACGAGUCUAUCCUCGCAAGAGGGCGGGCCGGAGGCUCAACUUAACCCCGACGCCAGACCUCGGCCCGUCCGCGACGGCCGAGGUGGCCCCGCCACGUCCGGGCCCACGGCCUCUCACAGCGCCUCGCGGGCUUCGCCUCGGGCCCAGAGACGCCCAGGGCUUCGCAGGCCCGCAGGGGAAGGGCAAAGGGCGAGGCUUGCCGCAGAUAGCGGAGAAAGCGGAGUGGGGCGGGCCGGGAAGCCGUGGCGCUGAGGAGCCGAGCACUCAGUUAAGAGAUUCGGGAGAGAAAAGUCUUCCAGCAAGUAACACUUGCGAAGAGACCCAGAAUGAGAUUGCUCCAUUGAGCGAGUCAGUGACUGAUGACCUCCAAGUUGACAGUAGUUCAUCAAACAGUGAGCUAGUAUCAGGACCAGGUUUACAAAGUGAUACCUCCAUUUCUUUUCUGAGCUAUUCAGCAACAGAGUCUUCUACAGACUACAACAGCAUUGAAGAAAAUUUAAGUAGCUUCUCCUCACCUGAACUGUUUAGAGGGUCAAAUUAUUUGGAUUGGGAGUGUCCCGAAUUGACAGAAUACGUGCAAUGCAAGAAUUCCACUCUUCUGGAUACUAGUAAAGCAGUAGCAAUAGAGAAGGCACCAGAAUUUUCAAGCCUCUCUGCAAUUUUGGAUAAUGCAGAUUGUGAGGUUUUACAUCCUGAGAAAAAUCCCCCUUCAGCCUCUGAAGAAGCAAAGAAAAAACUUGAAAGAGAUUUAGAAGAUGGAGAUAAAAAUAUUCAGAGAAAGUUAAAUCAUCAUGCCCACAUUGACACUGAGUUAUCCCGGCCUAGGCCUGCUCUUGAAAGUGGCACACCUAGCUCAGUCACUAGAGUUCUGCUGCCUGAGCCCCUGGCACCAGCAUUGAAAACAAAUUCUAAAAAGAAAAAUGGAGGUCUGUUAACAAGCACUCCAUCUUCAGAGGCAGCUGGUUUUGUGAUCAGUUUGUCCUCGGUGCGCAGAGCAUCUUGUGAAGAACUACUUCCAAAUGUCAGCAGUUAUAUUAAUUCAGAUGAAAUUGUUCCUGUAACAAGUUUGCCAGAAAAUUCUUCAAAUGAGUUUCCUUCUAACAGACCAGAAAUCUGUUGUAUUAUUAGCGCAUCACCAGGAACUAGACAAAUGAAAAGUAAAGGUGUUACUAUAAAGAAGAGAGAGUCUUCUCCUCAAGAUAUUCCUAAAGAUAUUAUAAUAAAAACCAAUGGCAGGAUAUAACAGCUGUGGCUGAAAUUUUACUACUUUGAAGAUAUGAAAGUCAAGUCAAAGUCCUUAAAAGCAUGUCUGCAUGAAAUUAUAUGAAAUGUCUACCUGAAAUUGUAUUAAAUUAAAA